AUGGGAGAUCCCGCUAUUUCGGUGCCUGAUGAUCAACAUCAGGAUCUCACAAUGUUUGUCCAGAACCUGUUGAAGGAGAUGCAGACGCGGUUUCAGACCAUGAGCGACGGUAUCAUCACGCGCAUCGACGACAUGGGAGGACGGUACUAGUAGUGUAUCGAGGUGAGUUCACCUUCACAUCUACAAGAACAUCAUUCCGCGUCUACGUUGUCAUUGUAUUGUUUUAGAAAAGUUGUUUCUUGUUGUUCUAAGGCCAGCAAGAUUCAUUGCUAUCUACGCUCUUGGUAUUGAGAUUGACUGUCCUUCGUCUUGUUCUUUCAGAGUCGUUGUAAGAGGUGGAGGUCUUAGUCGCUUGUUGCUGCAUGUAUUAAGCGUAGGUAUAACUGUGCCGAUCGCAAUCAACAGCAUCGAUGAGCUCGAGCGCAGUAUCAAUACGCUUAUGAGCGAGGCCAUGGUCGACGAGGAACCAGCGGCCGGGAAAAGUGACCAGAAAUAGGAGCUAGUUUUUGAUGAGGUGUAAAAGCGAGAUGUAUGAGAAGUGCGGAUGGACCUGCGGUAAACUAUUUUUGUGAGCUAUAUUUUGGAAGCGGGGACAAUGCGAUCAAUGAAAAAUGUCAAUGUCUUGGUAUCUACUAGACUACUUUAUUCAUACUUACCAUCGGGUGGAUGCUGCUAAUGAAGAAAGAUGAUCUUCUAGCACCGGAGGUUGUAUUACCACAACUCGCGCAUACUCCGUGGGAUAUUCAAGGGGCCAAAAUGCAUUGAACAAAAGCAAAAAUGUCAAAUGUUCUGAAGAUCGAACACCAACGCAAGAAUGACACUAGGCUUGUUAGACACUUACACUGUAAAGAAAUCUAACGAAGAGAUAACAGUAGUUACCAGAGGAAGACGAGCCCCACGUCGCUCGUCAGAGAU